GAGUGCACUCACAUCAUUGCGACAUAUCGUGCGACAGAAUUAUCGGUUACACGAUAACCACAAACACAGGCCAGUUGUAUUACCCCUGUGUGCGUUUGUUUUGCGCACAAGUAAAACAGUGGUAUCACGAUUUCUUGAUGGCUAUAUUCAAAAUGCACAUGAGCUAUAUCACCGUUUACAGCAGCAUGCCAUAUGCAUUUGGGAGAAUUAUCCCGUGAGAAUAUUAACCCUGUAUUGUAAUCCGUAUACCGAUGAGUGCAUGAUAACCGGCGAUAUUUGGUGAUUUGGGGUGAGAAUUCGUGUUAUUUCACCGAAAAGAGUUAAUCAGUUCCUUAUUGAUAUUAUCAUGUUUGGAGAUUUAUUUGGCGAAGACGAGACAUAUUCUGGCACGAACCAAAAUUCGCCCGAGCGAUCCAGCAGAAAAGAUGGGCCCCAACAACCCCCGUUGCUCCGGGGAAGUACCGGCCUGGCGGGCAUCGCGAACCAGGGAGCAACUUGUUAUUUGAAUUCACUUCUUCAGACUUUGCUCUUCACACCAGAAUUUAGAGAAUCUCUCUUUGCACUGGGACAAGAUGAACUGGGAAAUAUUGCAGAUAAGGAGAAACAAGGGAGUAAGGUGCGAGUUAUUCCCAUCCAUCUUCAGCGGUUGUUCGCUCGUCUCCUGUUAUUGAACCAAGGGAGUGCAUCCACUGGAGAGCUAACAGAUAGCUUUGGAUGGACCAACAAUGAGGAGCUACAGCAGCAUGAUGUACAGGAGCUGAACAGAAUACUGUUCUGUGCCAUAGAAGACAGUCUUGUGGGUACUUCCGGGGAAAACUUGAUCUCAAGACUCUAUAGAGGAUCAAUCGUUAACCAGAUUACAUGUGAAGAGUGCAAUAGAAUAAGCGAGAGACCGGAGGAUUUUGUUGACCUUACGCUAGCUGUCGGAGGCUACGUAGGAGUGAUCGACACUCUGAGAUCUUGCUAUGUGGAUGAGGAAAGGAUGGAGGGCAGUAAUCAGUAUAGGUGUGAUCAGUGCAAGAAAUUAGUCAAUGCAAGGAAGGGAGCUAGGAUACGGUCGUUGCCACCGAUAUUAACCAUCUCGUUGCUAAGGUUCAGCUAUGAUUUUGUCAAGCUUGAGAGGUACAAAGAGACUGGGCAUUACACCUUUCCAUUGGAGCUUGAUAUGGCUCCGUACUGUGAACAGGCCACAGAUGAAGCCCUAUAUGAAUUAUACUCUGUAGUGCUUCACAGCGGUAGUACACAUGGAGGUCAUUAUCAUGCAUAUAUUAGGGAUGUGGAUAACCUUGGAACAUGGUCUGAACCACGUAAUGAGCUUAUACAGCUGACCCCUGAUACAGGAAGUGAAAAGGAUGACAUCAUCGAUAUGAAAUCACCACAGCAGUGUCUUACAGCACUCCUUAGGAAGCAUGGCGGACCCGAACAUAUGUUGACUGUUGAAAGACUUUGCCAGGUUCUAAACGAGGAAACUGGCGUUUCAUGGAAUAAGCGCUUCAAGAGACAGUAUGGAACCUUGACUAAGUUCCUGAAAAAGUACAAUGACCUCUUUGAGCUGAACACGGCAGGCACCCUUGUGCAUCUAGUAGAUCCCAUGAAAGGAAAGGCAUCCAACCCCGACCAGACUCCCUCCAACUCGCCCAGAGAGGGCGCCAAAUCGAGGAAAGCUUCGGAAGAGAGCAGGCGAGAAAACCAGGACCAAAGUAAUAAGGAGAAGGCUAUUGCAAGAGCUACUGCCAAGAUCCCUGAACCAAGCCAGUGUUGGUAUGACUUCAACGAUUCCUCGGUAGAGCCCAUCAGAGAGAGUGCCCUCUAUAGGCAGUUUCAAGGAAGGGAGAGUGCCUAUAUGCUGCUUUAUAGAAGAAAGACGAUGACUCGUCCAAGCCAAGCAUAUAACAAUCCAUAUCAUCAGAUGCCUGCAUGGCUAAUGGCUGAACUGGAAACGGCCAAUCAGGAGCUUGAAAAGCAAAGGGAAGAAUAUGAAAGAGCAGUCAACUCAGUUGAACUCGGCAUACUCCUGUCAACUGACUGUGUCUGGGCAAGAGGAGCACUGCAGCUUGCAGCUGACAAAGAACCUGUCAAAGUUACUCUUGACCGCAGGAAAACAGUGACACAUCUCAUGGAACUCAUCAAAGAAAAAGUGCCUGAGAAUAACAAUGAGUGCCUUCAUGUUGCCAAAAUGCUUCCAGCAGGAUUUCAUUUGUAUGAUUCAUUAACAGUCACCCCAGAUAAGACCCUUCAAGAUUGUUAUGUAACUGAUCAAAGCUUUGUCUUUCUUUGGGAUGGCAAACAGGUUGGUGGGAAUUCCAUCCUGGUUGGCCCGAACAGCGAGCCAAUUCUGCUCAUUUUAACCUUCAAGCCUACCAACACCCCUAACCGAUCAACACCACCAUCCUCCCACUCUUCCACUCAACCAAUAUCCACCCGAGACACCCCUACCGAGCUCCACCAUGGGUUCCCUAAAGACGCCCGGGUAUCUGAGCUGCGAUGCAUGGUGUCGGAUCUCGUAGGUGUCCCGAAGCACCGGCUGAAGCUGAGUAGGGUGCAGUCCGUACCGGUGGUGGUGUCUUCGGAUGAUGAUGGCAGGACACUCACCCAGCUGGGGUUCUCUGAUGAAGAUAGGCUGGUCGUUGAAUCAACGGGCAAGGACAGUCCCAACUGCCAAGGUGAUUCUCUUGCAGACGUUGAAGUUGACAAACAAAAGAAUGCUGUAAAAAUCACGGUAGAGAACCGAUGCGUUGAUCCGAACAAUGAUGGUGACUGGCCUGUCAAGCAGAUCAGCAUAUCCAAAGACAAGACUGUAUUUGAAUUGAAGCAGCUGGUCAUCAACAGUCAUGGUCUCUAUGGUAACCAAAGACCAAAGGAAGGAUGCAGGUUGAGAAUAAGUGAUGAUGCCCUUGGUCUUCUACCUCCUUUACAUGAAAACCAGAGCAUAGCAGAUAUUGGAAUCAAGAAAGUAAAGACCAUCGUCAUAGAAACGGGACUUCCGCCGACAUCCAACGAGCUCACCCUAAAUUUCAGUCUCAUGUCUAGCAACAAAUCCUGGGAUAUGAUGGUAGACAAAUCUACUUCCAUGACAGAGUGUCUGACAAAAAUGCUGAGCAUAGCAGGAAUGGAGGGCACCUCCUAUCACCUGAGGAAGACCAACUGGUGUGGUGAAGCAGCUGAUAUCAUCACUGAUACGGAGAAAAGUCUAACGGAGCUUCACAUCCAAGAUGGAGAGCUUCUGAUGCUGGAGGAGGGGCGUCUACCCCCCAAGGGUUUUCUGCUGCUCCCUGUUUGGCUCUAUCCCUCUCCCGUCAGGACCGGUGGAGGGGACGAAGGAGGGGGAGAUGGAGGAGUGUCAUCCUGGAUCCCUCAUGUUCAAUUUUCAAACAUCUUAAAUAGCUUAACCAGUGUGAACAGUCCCAACCACGACAUCCAGCAGUCCUUAGAGCCUCCGCCCAAUCAGCACGAGCUCCUCGGCGAGAUUGAGAUAUCCCACAAUGCAACAGUCGGUGACCUCAAGAAUCAGGUCAUGACCCUGCCCGCCAUGAGCCAGGUCGUCGUGCCGACGGUAGAGUUCCUGCGUCUUCGGCUGCUGGAAGAUGGGAGGCUGGGUCGAGUUCUGAGAGAUCACACCCAAAGUCUCAAGUAUGCCAGAGUCAAUACCUCAUCACACAUAGCUGUUCAGAUUCUUCAAGAAGAAGAAAAUCUCAGACAAUCCGAGUUCGUCCUUGCUUUCCAAAAGAGAAUACCUGAUACCAGGCUCUAUGAACCUGCUGAGGAACUCGUCUGGGAGGGUGGGAAGUCUGCUGCCCCCAUGAGUCUCCGGCAAGCCAUUGCCGAUCGCGUGUUGAUUCCAGUGGAGAGAGUGGCUCUUGCCAAGCACCUGAUCAAGAAAGGAGACUGGAUCGUAAUCCCUGAAGAUAAGAAGGUAUCAGAGACCGGGAAAGGAAGAGGAGGAGGUGGAGGAAAGAAAAAGGGCAAAGGUCAGACUCACAAACCAAUCAAUUUGAAGCAAGCGCCAUAUUAUCUACACGAUGGAGAUCUGUUCGGUGUUGUGGACCUGAAAGAUGACCCUUUCAGGAAGGACGACUUCACCACCAUCGAAGAUGAUAGAGUGAAAGAGAAAAAGCAAGAGGAAGAGGAAGAGAAGAAGAGGAACCGACGCGAUAGGAGAAAUGCUGUUUCCCUGGGCGGGGGAGAAUACAAGCAGAGGCCAAAGAAACAAGAAGUUGGACUGACAAUUAAAGUUGAUAACUUCAGGUGACAGGAGCCUUGUUCACAUGCAAAAAUUGGUACGAUUUAAGUCGGGAUUAAAAUAACUUUAUGGGCCCGCAUUUGUACUUGAUGGAAUUGGUGCAAUUUGAAUUAUGAGUAGAGAGAUCAAAGUGAAAAGAAAUUGGACUGACAAUUUAAGUAGAUAAUUUCAGGGGUUAGGAGUUUUGUUCAUAUGCAACUCAAAACUAAAAAACAAACAAUAUGAGCCAAUAUUUGUACUAGAUGACAUUACUAGUAGUGCAAUUGAAUUGUGUAGAGAUCAAAGAAAGGUGAAAUUUGAUUGAUAAUUAAAGAUGGUAACUUCAGGUGACAGAAAACUCUUCCACACAGAGCAAUUAGUACAAUAUGAAGCGAGGCUUUGUACUAGAUUGUAUCAGUUCAAUUCGGUUCGUGAGAGGAGAAAUGGGACUGACAUUUUAAGUUGACAACUUAAGGUGAUGCGAGUCGCAUUGACACAAAGCAAGGGGUAUGAUUUGCACCGGAAUUAAAAGGACGAUUUAAAUUGAGACUUAAAACUCUCUUGGCCUGCAUUUGUACUAGACAGUAUUGAGUGCAAUUGGAGAUGUGAUUGUACAUUGUUUUCUUUUGUACUAUAUUUUCUAUCGAUUUGUAAAAAAAAAGCCAUCACAUGCAGACUUCUAUAGUUCACCUGAUGUUCAAGUAGCCCCUGAGCAAAGGGCUGAUCAAGGAAAUGUUGAGCAUAUGCUUGUGCAUGUUAUAAAGUAUUGAAGUUCUCCGAUGGUUAUCUACCUGUAUGACUGCCUUCCUCUGGUGUUCAGCAUGUCAAUGCGACCUUGACCUUGAUGGCACUCCAGAAGAAAUGAAAUUCUUUUAUGAAAAACACAUAGCCUACAAUGCCGGUUCCAUGCCAUUUGCUCCGGUGAAAAUUGUUCUGUUGUACAAUAAAACAUUUUAAAAAAUUGCUCGGUCGUAAAUUCAACACAUUAAUGGAACCACCAAUUUCAACCCUGGAUUUAACCCUAUCCUAAGCCUAACCAUAAACCCAACAGAAAACCCUAUUGCAACCCUAAUCUUCUAUCUUAGAUGAAAUAAAGCCCGGAGCAAUUGUCGCCGGAGCAAAUGUUGUGUCACCACGUUGCCAUCCUAUUCAUGUGUCACUAAUUUGAUUAUGCAAACUAAUUUAUUAUUCAUGGAGGGAGAUGAUGUUAUAUUUUGGCACAGUACAUUGUACUUCUAUUUUGUUGUGUCUAGUUCCACUCUUGUGUACAUCAUACUGUAAUAUGAAUGCACGUCACGAAAUUUUAGUGUUUCUGUAGGCUUAUUCUGUGCAUUUCUGUUGUUGCUUAUCAUAGUAUUAGAAGAUGCUAAAAACAGUAACUGUCAUCUCAAUUUCAUUAUAAAAGCGUGUUUACAUUCUGCUGCCAUAAAGGACAGUAAACCGUGAUAUAGUCAAGUGGAAUUUACUGUCUUGUUAACUAUUCUUUGGUGCCAUUCGAAUUAUCUGAUUUACAAGUCUUUGAAGUUGUGCAAUGGGUUAAAUGCCAUCUUGGCCUUGAGAUAAUAUAGUGUAAACAUGUUAAAUGCUCUGAGCGUGAUGAAAACCCCAUAAGAGUGCCUUGAGCGAUUUCUCUCAUGGGAAUAUGCUCUUUAGCUCUUUAAAUUAUUAGUUGUAAGUUGUAUUGCAGAAAUGCACUAUACUCACUUCGGGUCAAAUUUUAAGACUCUAGUUUUAUCGUCCAUUGUAAUAUAUAGAGGAAUGUUUAUGUGUCCUCAAACUCCUUUUAUAGAGCGUUUUACUUGGCAAUAUUUAGUGAUUUGGGGGAUGUUUUCUGAAAGAAUUAGUAAGUGAUUUUCACUUGCUAAUUUGCUCUGAGCCAAUCAGAUGCAAGUAUUUAUGUAGCUUAUAACAAAUAGUCAGACUAUUUGUUUGAUGAAGUGUUCCUUGGGUAUCAUGCCCGAUUAAAUAAAAAAACUUCACCCAUAUCCAGCAAAUCUCCCAAAACAACCCGUUCAUUCAAUGGCAAUAGUAAGUGAUUUUUCACUUUUGACAGUAAUUAUAUAAUUCAACAAUGUACAGUGCAUGCUUCUAAGCACUGCAUACUAUUACUCGCUUUUAGCAUAUCUACCCCGAUCAGGGGCCCGUUUCAUAAAAUUUGUUAUAAUAACAAAUUUGUAGUAACAGUUAAAAGCUACUGUAAUCUUUCGAUCGGAUUGGCUGGUAGCAAAUUUGUUAUAGAAACUCCUCAUUUGUUAUUACCUGGUAUAUUUGUUGACAUAUGUUAUGUCUUCAUGAAACGGAACCCAGAUGCUCAAGGAUUCGAGGAAUUUCUUCCGACCUUCCUUCCUCUGUAACCAGUUGACUACUGAAUUAUUUAAUUCUCAUAUGCUUUGUACAGUGAUCACAUGGUUCCAGUAGGCAAUGGGUUAAGAAGGCUGUUCACUGCUGUGGUUUUGCAUGUAUGCUUACUGCACUGGGGGGUAGUAAUAUACAUAUAGGCUUAAUUAUAUAUCCAGAAAGACUGGCAUUUACAUCUCAUUAUACAAGCACAUUACAAACAUUCUGACAUAGACAAACAUAGAGAGAGAAAGCCCAGGAUAAUGGAACUGAUCUGCCAGGGCUUAACAAAAAUGACAGAUAAUAAGGCAUGAAAGUUAACUGAAUUGUUUCAGAUAUGUAAUAAUGAUAUAAUAAAGAGCUAUAUUACUGUUACAUACUAUUAUUAUUUACAAUUAUGUUUUUUCAGUAAUUUUUUUAUAUGGCAAGGUUAAAUGACAGGUUCCUUGUCUGUAACACAUUGAAAUCCUUAUUUCUUUGUUAGAUGUCAUGAUCGAUAUUUAGAUAUUGUCAUCCAGUUGUGCAUUUGUAACAUUUACAAGUACAAAUAUAUGCAUUUACUGAUGAAAUUGCGUUUGCGAAAUAAGUGCCUCAUAUGAACUGUUAUGAAACAAAGUGCAUUUUGUUGCUUGUGAUAUUAGCAUCUCUCUCUGCAUUAAGGUUGAUACAUUUAAUUUUAUUGAUAUUUUUUUCAUUGACAAAUUGUUUAUUUUGAUUGAUACAGAGCUAUAUGAAGGGAUUAAAGCCUUUGUACUCAGAUGA